CGAAUGAAAAAAAACUUUCAUGAAUAGUUUUUGAAGUUCGGCUUAGCUUAAACUAUUAUUAACAUUGCUCAAAGUGCUCAAAUAUAUUUUAUUUAUAUUUCAAAUUUUGGAUAUAUAGAUCUAGAUCUACUUUCUUUCUUUUAAUAUUUCUGAAGCAAGAACAGACUUACCCACCUCCUCUCAGCCAGACCGAACCAUGGGGGAGGCAGCGGACUCGGACAAACUCUUUGAUGACGUCUACGAGUUUUGUGAAACCAUCGGAAAAGGCCCCUUCAGUGUCGUUAGAAGAUGCCUACACAGGGAGACAAGACAACAGUUUGCUGUCAAAAUUGUGGACGUGUCCAAGUUUACAUCCAGUCCAGGUUUAACAGUCGAAGAUCUCAAGAGAGAAGCCACAAUAUGCCACAUGUUGAAACACCCCCACAUAGUCGAGCUGUUGGAGACCUACAGUUCAGACAUGAUGUUGUACAUGGUCUUCGAAUA